GUGAUCCGAAUCAUCGGUGGGUAUUGUACAAGUCCGCAGUAUGCACGGAUGCGCCCGAGGGCAGCAGCGGAGAUCUUCGCGUGAGCAUGUGCAAGGAGUGCGCCGAAGCAUUGUCGAACACGCACACAGACAGCCGCGGGCGGUGCCGCCCGCGCGUACGCAUGCCCCGCGAGGCUCUCGCGAAUGGCAUGUGGCGUGGUCCUGACCCGGAAGAGCUGACGAACUUAACGUACACCGAGUGCAAGGUGAUCAACCUGGCGAGGGUGUACGUCAGCGCGAAGCGCGUGUUGUUGGACAGGGCGUCUUUCGCCAGGACGAGUGCCGACGAGGCGCCGCGCUAUCACCAGAAGAACGUUGUUGCGUACCCGCAGAGCCCGGACGCGGCUCUGACUGCCAUCGGACUGUCGCCGAUGGCCCUGGCGCACACUCUGAUCGUCCAGUUCGUGGGAAGCCGCGCUGACGGUAUCUGGCAUCACCCUGACUUGCAAGUUUCCGUGGUGCGACUUCGAGCAGCAUUUCGUUGGUUGUGCUCCAACAGCUGGAACCACAUGGAAGCCACGCGACACCAUGCCGCAUGUGCGGAUUCUGGCUUACUCCACGAGUCGAUCGAGGAGUUGCUGGACGCGUACGCGACGAGCGUUGGUGGAUCCUCGGGCGUUCCGCGCGAGCUCGUCGACUCGGCGACGUCGAUCAGCGGCUCAAGAGCUUCGGUGCAGUCUAAAGGACCAGCUGACUGCACGGAAGAAGGUGAACGCGACACGGAGGAGAACGGGCCCGAAGAGGCGGAGAACGCCGCCGUCGUUAACGGCGGUUUAGCAGACGUCGACUCCCUGCAGCUGUGGACACAGGUCAUCAAAAACUUUAAGGCGGCACAGCGGAUUAAAGAGGAAUUGGCCGCUCUAGACCCCGCCGACUUAUCUGCUCGCGCCGAGAAGAAGAGAAUGCACGGUGUGAGCAUGGCCCAGGCCAUCGAAGACCUGGAGAAGCUGUCGAAAGAGAAGAUGCGAAAACGUUUGGAAGAGUGGGCGCGGUCGGAGACUGACGACAGAGCGCCCUUGAAGAUCACGCACGAGACCACGUUCUUGUCUGCUCGCACGCCGAACUUUUGGGACCUGGAGUUCGUCGCAUCCGUGGUCAACAUCUUUAUGCGUCGAGAUCAGAUGAGCAAGGUGGAAGCGUGCAUGAGGGAAAUGCCCGGCGGCGGCUUCAUGGGCAUAACUCCCGAUGAGAUGCAAAGGAUGAACGAGAUCACAGCGUAA